ACACACACACAUACACACAAGGCUUGUGCGCACACAUGCACUCUCACCCUCUCUCUUUCUCUCGAAUGCACACAUUUCGUGCAAGCUACAAAGCAGCUGACCUUACAACAAAACUGCACACCGCACGGAGGAGAGAGGGGUGAAAGGAGAGGAGAGGUGACAGCUCUUAGUCAGAUAGCAGUGUGUGACUAACUCUCCUGGAAACCGUCCGCAUGACAGGAGCAGUGGGAGGGAUGAAAAGGACAAGACAAUAACUACAACAGAGAGAGAAAAACGUUGCCAACAACCAGGACAGUGUAGGAUUGCUGCCGCCACUCAACUGAUCCACUCCUUUGAUGGCAUUUGACACGAGGAUGCAGUCGACGACGAGGGAAGGAAUCAAGUUCACGUGGACUGACCCGUGGAGGCGAGGAGCUAGGGGCUUUCCUCUGUGAAAAGCUCAUUUUUUCCCUUGACAAAGUCUGAGUAUCUCACAAAAGCAUCAGCAGUGCAGUUCUCAAUUCCUCUUUAGGCUCGUCUGUGGUUUCUGCCAUGCCCCUGUUCGGCUGGAUGAAGUGGUCGCAGGAGGCAGGAGUGCAGGCGCAGGACGAGGCGGCACCUCUGAACACCCCGGGCGCCGUACCCAGCCGCAUGCUGAUCAGAGAGCUCCUGUGGCAUGUGGAGGAGCGUGAGCGGCUGGCACGGGAACUGGAGCGGGAGCACAGGCUGGCCCACAGCGCUCUGGGUUUCCACUGGUUCCAGAAGUACCCCAGGUUACGGACCCUCAUCCCCACAUCGGAGCUCCACCAGCUGGAGUGCCUGUGUGCCCAGAUCCCGCCCGUCCACACAGCCACUGUGCUCUCCAGGUUCCGAGAGGUGCUUGCAACCAACAACAUACUGCCCUGGGAGCUGGUGUAUGUCUUCAAGCAGGUGUUGAGAGACUUCCUGAACAAAGAGGACUGCGAGGAAGAGGAGGAGCUCUCGGUACAGCCCGCACAGCUCCAACCAAUGGAGACUUGGACAAACCGCUACCACAUCAGGCAGAGCUUUGUCACGCCCACAGUGCCCAACUGUGGAGAGCAACAAAGAGAAGAGAUACCAACAAUAUCUGGAUAUGUGGACCGUGCCAUGCGACGCUCCAGUUCAUUCACAGCCCACAGGGACUGCGAUCUUCCAGAUUACUAUGAAGUUUCUCUCCGGCCCUCGGGGGCCUACAGCACUACACUGUGAGGACGCACUCCUCAUACUGCUUAUGGUCUUGUCCAUAACACCAGGAAAGCACAUUUAUCACAUCCAACGCAUGGAGACUUCAAGCAAAAACUUGAUGUGUUGUAUUAGCUGUAGUUAUCCUGUAGCUCGAGGUUAUUGCAGUAUGAUGCAAAAUGUUAAGAGGACACAAGGCUAGAUAUAAAAUGCUUAAUUACAACAAGUUUACAAUGUGCCCUAUAUAACCUCUGCACCAACCUCUGAUCAGCGGUUUUCUAAAAAUCCAGCUAAUAUAAUUAACUCAGCUUUCUUACAGGGGGGUGCAGAUCACAGGUAAACAGCUGGUCAGCCAGAGCAAUACCAAGGAGGUGUCAAGGAAAUCAAAAAUGUGUAACUACAUAUCCCUGUGGUUGCUCUGAAUCCAUGCACAAUCAGUCGGGUAUAGAAACAGAGCAUACUUCAUCAGCAACAGUCUGACUGAUUUUAUGCCACCGUCUGAGGCCACAAUCACACUUAGGCCAUCAUUCGACCUGCUUAACGCUGCCAUGGCGCAAAUCAAAAGAGAUGGGGCAUGCUUCAACUCCCUGCUUUUUUUGUAGGUGACCAAAGCCAAACAGAGGAACCAGUCAUCUGCUGCUUUAUCCUACUGAGGCACUGCUGACAAUGACACUGUCCUCCCUGCAGAUCCAUGUAUGAAUGCUUGCUCCAUGCAGAACCGAUGUGAGAUUCUCUCCAGGGAGACAAAUAUGGAAAAAACAAUAUGUGCAUUUAACUUUGCAGUUGUGUGUAUGCAGACAUGAAACUUGUUGGCUUUUAUUCAUACAUUAACACUGACAGCAUUCCAAUCAAUUCAAUAUAUUUAUUAAAACUUUUACUACUACAAUAACAUCUGGUUUGGCUGAGGUAUGUGUUUUCUAUGCAAAAGUUGGAUAAAUUCAAUAUAUGAAACCUUAUACUGACAGCUUGCUCUCAGCCUUUUUAAACAAUUUACAAUUGGUUACAAUACUGCUCAAGCCACUUUUAUCUGAGAGCCAGCCAGUUACUGGAAAACAGUCAACAUCAGAAAUGUAUUCCUAAGCCAAGCUACAGCUGUUACAUGUACUGGUCUUGUACCUGUUUUUAGUUUUCUCAAAUUUCAAAAAGCAAAUCCAGUUUAGUUAUAAAUUAUUUUUAUUGCAUCACUGGUGGUCUAAAUGCAAACACUGAUGAAAAAAAUCAAUAUUUGUUUUAGAAGAACCCGAAUAGGAAAAGGUAGUUAAUGUAGUGUCUUACAAAUCUGUAGUCCUAGCUUGCUUUCAUGCUGUGUGUUUGGGGGUGGAGGUGUGUUUAUGCUAUGUACUAAUGAAUAAAAGCAUAUGUUGCAUUACUAUUUUAUUAAAAUGUUGUCAACA